AUGCACCUUUCCGCUAUUCCACGACGCAGGCCUGUACCUCCAUUUGUCAACCACACGCCCAAAGCUUAUGAGUUUCAAAAGGCCGGCAAGUUACAUCAGUCUUCAGCAAUGUUCGGCCCAACUGGUAUGGUGGUCCCUGUCAUGCUGCCAGCUCCCUCAGCCAAACCUGUAAAACCUGAUGUACCUGAGAACGAGAGGAGCAGUACGGGUGACAGCGUCAGCCAUGCUAGCUCUCAAGCAGAUGCAAAAUCGUAUGAAGGUACUCGUCCGACGUCCUCUGAAAUUGAUCACAGCGACGAAGCCAGAAGUCCAUUCGUUGACAAAAUGAUGACCCAAACAAAUCUUCUGGUCUUGCCCCCAUCGAAUCCAUCUUACCAGAUGGCUUACUUCCUCAAAACAACUGGGCCAGUCAAGGAGCCUCCGAUCAGAGCACAGAAAUCCAGGAGGAUAUCCUCUGCUAUGCGUAUCUUCAAGAACAGCAGCAGACGUCCCUCAGAAUCAACGACUGCAGCCCACAUGAGGCUCAAUAAUAUCAUCUCUGAAGAAAAAGAUGUCCCAGAGUUUGAGACGCAGCCAGCAGAUGACGCUUCCCAAACGUCGAAAAGGCCAUUGUUGCCACCGGGGCAAAGACUGCCGGACGUCGUCAUCCCAAAGGUGUCUAAGACUGGCAAGAGGUAUUUCGAGAUCGAGACAGCCGGCCAGAAGAACAAGAUCGAUACGCCACCGAAGAGUCCUGAGAUAGCCGAGUCCAAAGUCUCCGUUCUAGUCACCGAUCAGCUCAGUACAGAUAGCCUUCACGAUUGGGUUUUGGGCUUCGAAAGUCCUGCACCUAGUACCGCCACCCAAAUGCACGAAGGACCGGAAGCACUCAGGGGCUGGCCGAUCAAACGCAUAUCUCAGACGCUGCCACAUGAAGAAACCAUUCGAGUCCUGAAUCGCAAAGCCAUACCAGUGCGUCCAUUAUUCCUUGGUACAAAGGCUCGUACGAUGGCAUCGGGAGGCGAAAGGCACGUUCGAGUGAUACGCGGGAGAACAGCACCUCUUCGAAGCCACCCUGUAACUCCAGGACCAGUACCGAGCAUACCACCCCCAGCUCUGCCAGAGCAUAGAAUCGGCUCACCAGUUGCCGAACCUACCAAAUCAGCAGCCUUUGUCCAACUGAGCCCUCGCCGAUUGAACACUGAUUCGCCAGUUGUUCAAAGAACCUCUAGUGAUGUUACUGGACUUCAGUUCACGCAUCACUCGUUCCGAGAGGGUGUGAGGUCAGUCUCGAACAGCCCUGGGCCUCCGCCACCACGUAGUCCUUUACGAUUGUCGAUACCGUCUGAAUCUCUGGGGGAGAUGCUCGGCAUGUCGACUGCGGAAAGCAGCCCCGAUGCGCAUGGGAAGGACAAGAAGCAAGUCAACGAAGAACAAGCAAUUCGGGUGACGAAAGAGGCGGCUGUGGUAUAUGCUGCUCGAGAGCAGAGAGACGACGACCUACCUUCCUUCUUCCGACCAGGCAGCAGUGGAACAAGCAGUGAUGUCUUUUGCACAAACGCAAGUCAAACGAAGCCAAGUUCUUCGAAGCCGCUCGAACUCAUCGAUGCCAUGGUCAAAGCAUCACAGCAAAACACAUCGCGCCGUCGUCUUCGUAGAGCCAGGCCUGAGGGACCGCGGCCGCUCGAUGUUCGCAGCUCGCAUUCGCAAGACUCCCUCGAACGAGAGGUCAGACCGAACGGCUACUGUACGAGUCCGCUGUCCGCUAAGCGCGCAACGAGCAUAGGCGAAGCUUCAGAGAAUUACCGGAUCAUUGCCACCACCGCCUCGCCCUCGCCCAGGAUCAGCCAUGUGCGCACAGCUUCGAGUGCAAAAGGCAGGCUCAGUCCAGUGCCACGAGGCAAAACAAGUAAGCGCGGUCGAGGGCCGAAGAGUGUGACUUCGACGCCUUCACGAGCAGGCAGUCCAUCAAAGAAGACUCGACAAUCAACUACACCUGAACUGCCUUCACCACCGCCCAAGAAAGAACUGCCGCCCACUCCGUGUACCAAGAACGAUGGCCACUCGAGAUCAGAGGACACAGCAGACAUUGAUUUAGCAAGGACCGUCUCGACCAAAGCCUUACCUGCACCACCAUUCGAUGAGAAUGGACGUGGUAUGGUGUUCCCAUCGCCACCGUCGAGUGCAAAGACGGCCAGAUUCAAGUUGCAGCCGGGCGAGAGCAGCCCUAUAGGCAUCGAAGCACGGAUGGAGGCACUUGAGCGCAGAAACAAGUUGUUGGAAGCUGCUCUGUCGGCAGUGCUCAAGACUGGAGGCAUGCUCAACGGUUGCCCUUGCCAGGCAUCGCACGCACCUGGACUCGGGUGUGAGGAAGCAGCGACCAACGAGGCGUUGGUUGCGCGAGGAAGUGUACGCAGUAGAGUCAGCUCUGCCAGCAAUGUAUCAAGCGCGCUGGACGUGUAUCUAAGCACAAGGGGGAGAUGA